AUGUCUGAUAUUGAAUCAACACAAAACGAAAAACCUCCAAAGAAUCAUGUCGUCGAUUCUGAAUCAGAUGAAGAAGACGAUAUCGAUGCUUUAAUCGAGGAAUUACAAUCCAACCACGGUGAUGUCAAUGAUGACGCCGAUGGUAGCGACGACGAACAACACGCCGCCGGUUCUGCCAGACUAGUCCCUGAAGAAAUGCUUCAAACUGACCCAUCUUUCGGUUUAACUUCUGACGAAGUCGCUAGAAGAAGAAAGAAAUUCGGUUUAAAUCAAAUGUCUGAAGAAAAUGAAUCUUUAAUCGUCAAAUUCUUAAUGUUCUUCAUCGGUCCAAUUCAAUUCGUUAUGGAAGCUGCUGCUAUCUUAGCUGCCGGUCUUUCCGAUUGGGUCGAUUUCGGUGUUAUCUGUGCUCUUCUAUUAUUAAAUGCCGGUGUCGGUUUCAUCCAAGAAUAUCAAGCCGGUUCCAUUGUCGACGAAUUAAGAAAAACUUUGGCUAACGUUGCUGUUGUCAUCAGAAACGGCCAAUUGGUUGAAAUUCCAGCCAACGAAGUCGUUCCAGGUGAUAUCCUACAAUUAGAAGAUGGUACUAUUAUUCCAGCUGAUGGUAGAGUUGUCACUGAAGAUUGUUUCCUACAAGUUGAUCAAUCUGCUAUUACUGGUGAAUCUUUAGCUGUCGACAAACAUUAUGGUGAUCAAUGUUUCUCCUCUUCCACUGUCAAGACUGGUGAAGCCUUCAUGGUUGUCACUGCCACUGGUGAUAACACUUUCGUCGGUAGAGCUGCUGCUUUAGUUAACCAAGCUUCUGGUGGUCAAGGUCAUUUCACUGAAGUCUUAAACGGUAUCGGUGUCAUUCUUUUAGUCCUUGUUAUUGUCACUUUAUUAUUAGUCUGGACCGCUUCUUUCUACAGAACUAACGGUAUCGUUAGAAUCUUAAGAUACACUCUAGGUAUUACCAUUGUCGGUGUUCCAGUAGGUUUACCAGCUGUCGUUACCACUACCAUGGCUGUCGGUGCUGCUUACUUAGCUAAGAAGCAAGCCAUUGUCCAAAAAUUAUCCGCUAUUGAAUCCUUAGCUGGUGUCGAAAUCUUAUGUUCCGAUAAAACUGGUACUUUAACCAAGAACAAGUUAUCCUUACAUGAACCAUACACUGUCGAAGGUGUCAGUCCAGAUGAUUUAAUGUUAACUGCUUGUCUUGCUGCUUCCAGAAAGAAGAAGGGUUUAGAUGCCAUUGACAGAGCUUUCUUAAAGGCUUUAGCUCAAUAUCCAAAGGCCAAGGGUGCUUUAACCAAGUACAAGGUCCUUGAAUUCCACCCAUUCGACCCUGUCUCCAAGAAGGUCACUGCCGUUGUUGAAUCCCCAGAAGGUGAAAGAAUCGUCUGUGUCAAAGGUGCUCCAUUAUUCGUCUUAAAGACUGUCGAAGAAGACCACCCAAUCCCAGAAGAUAUUCAUGAAAACUACGAAAAUAAGGUUGCUGAAUUAGCCUCAAGAGGUUUCAGAGCUUUAGGUGUUGCUAGAAAGAGAGGUGAAGGUCACUGGGAAAUCUUAGGUGUUAUGCCAUGUAUGGAUCCACCAAGAGACGAUACUGCCGAAACUGUUAAUGAAGCUAGAAGAUUAGGUUUAAGAGUUAAGAUGUUAACUGGUGAUGCUGUUGGUAUUGCUAAGGAAACUUGUAGACAAUUAGGUUUAGGUACCAACAUUUACAACGCCGAAAGAUUAGGUUUAGGUGGUGGUGGUGACAUGCCAGGUUCUGAAUUAGCCGAUUUUGUUGAAAAUGCCGAUGGUUUUGCUGAAGUUUUCCCACAACACAAAUACAAGGUCGUUGAAAUCUUACAAAACAGAGGUUACUUAGUUGCUAUGACUGGUGAUGGUGUUAACGAUGCCCCAUCUUUAAAGAAGGCUGAUACUGGUAUUGCUGUCGAAGGUGCUACUGAUGCUGCUAGAUCUGCCGCUGAUAUUGUUUUCUUAGCCCCAGGUUUAUCUGCUAUUAUUGACGCUUUAAAGACUUCCAGACAAAUUUUCCACAGAAUGUACGCUUACGUUGUUUACCGUAUCGCUUUAUCCUUACAUUUAGAAAUCUUCUUAGGUUUAUGGAUUGCUAUCUUAAACAACUCCUUAGACAUUAACUUAAUUGUUUUCAUUGCUAUUUUCGCUGAUGUUGCCACUUUAGCCAUUGCUUACGAUAAUGCUCCAUACUCUCAAAAGCCAGUCAGCUGGAACUUACCAAGAUUAUGGGGUAUGUCUAUUAUCUUAGGUAUUAUUUUAGCUAUCGGUUCCUGGAUUACUUUAACCACCAUGUUCUUACCAAAGGGUGGUAUUAUCCAAAACUUCGGUGCUAUGAACGGUAUCAUGUUCUUACAAAUUUCCUUAACUGAAAAUUGGUUGAUUUUCAUCACCAGAGCUGUUGGUCCAUUCUGGUCUUCUAUCCCAUCUUGGCAAUUAGCUGGUGCUGUCUUCGCUGUCGAUGUCAUUGCCACCAUGUUUACCUUAUUCGGCUGGUGGUCUGAAAACUGGACCGACAUUGUUACUGUCACCCGUGUCUGGAUCUGGUCCGUCGGUAUUUUCUGUGUCCUAGGUGGUGCUUACUACAUGAUGUCUGAAUCCGAAGCUUUCGACAGAUUGAUGAACGGUAAGCCAAUGAAGGAAGAAAAGUCUACGAGAUCCAUUGAAGAUUUCUUGACUGCAAUGACCAGAGUCUCCACUCAACACGAAAAAGAAAACUAA